AUGAAAGAGGAGCUGCCGCUAGCGCCUUAUAACGUUAAGCUUUUCUGUCGAGCGGGACCGCAAAAUGCAACUUCUCGAACGUCCGAAUGCCCCUCAUCGGCGACAGCGUGUGGCUAUUUUGAAUUUGAAACCAAGGAUCCUGCAGUUCCAAGUGAAAAGAUCGAAGUCCACGAAUGCGUCGAUAACGGGGUCCUUCUGAAGGAAAGCGAGGAAUACGAAGACGAUAUCAAUUCUCAGAGCUUAUUCGAAGAUCUCUGCGGAGCCGUACCUCGAUGUUCAGUCCUCCAUCUCCGCGCCUUGAACACCAAUUUUUUAAAAUACAUAAUUGCGGCCCACAAUAUCAAACUGAAGCAGAUCGCCAAACCAACAGUAAAGUUUUGCUGUGCCCUCUACCACUCUACGCUAAAUCGACUGGUCACUUCCGGUCGAGAUGUGCUACCUUCCAUCGCAGCUCCACCACUUCGAUGUGGACAAGAACAGUGUGGAGCUGGAGCCAUUGGAUGUUUAAUACAUUCUCGCUAUGGUAGAAAAUCCGAAUUUGAAGGAAGACCUGCGAAAGUUGAUGGCCGUGCUCCGCCAAAAGGAGCCUCAAACCAAGAGGAAGAAGAAGAGGGCGAGUAUAUUGAGGAGUACGAGGUUGAUGAGGACGAUUUAAUGAUUACCCCGGAUCGUCAGGGAAAAUCAAAACCAAGGAAAUCAAAUCGGAAAUUACGGGCCGCCCAAUCGAGUGACGAGUACGAGGAUCAAAUUAAAGCUGUCGAAUUUUCUUUUGGAGAUGAUGAGGAUACCUAUCUAAAAGGGAUGGACGUCAUCGAGUACGAAGACGUACCCUCAGAAACAGGCGAUGGGGCCACGACAAAGAAGGAAAUAGUACUGUUGCGGAGUGGAGGACCAGGGCCCCGUACCUCCGACCCAGAGCCCUACGUCUCGAUAGAAAAAGAAUACGAAGAUGGUUUCGAGGAGGGCGAGCAAGUGUGCGUCUAUAGGCAUUUGAAUGAUGAGCAGUACCGCUACUGUCUGUUGAUCCAUUCCGAAAAAGACGGCGAUAGAUGCUAUGAGCAUAGAGGGCAUUCGGUAUGCUGUUGCUUUGUGGCGCCAGAUCAAACCACUUGUGAUCCGCACGAUUUGGACCUGGUGGUCCCCGCGCCGGCAUUGAAACCGAAGAAGAAGCUUCUAACAACCGCUACCCCACCAAUCACGCAUCAACCCAACCAAGGAUUGGGCGACGUCCCUUCAGACGAUGACAAUCGUGUGAAAAUCGACCUUGACGUGACAACAACAGUGACGUCACAAAUUCCGGGGACUACGCUGUCGUCGGACAUCACCACCACCCAUAUCACAAGCGUGGGCAAGCCGGCGAAAAAGCGGAAGGGACGGCCACGAAUCACCGCCACGGCGAAGCCCUCGCCAAAUGUGCGGCAAGGCUGUCGCCUCGUCUACGUCGGGUCCCGGUGGAAAGACGGCGGCCAGCUGACGCCACGCUUGGAGUGCUCGGCGACCAUGAAAAAUCUCCUCAAUUCCCUUGUGAUAUUUAUUGCGGUGUGCCAAGUUUGGUGGAUGGCU